UCCCCAUAGAAAAUCGUCGAAACUCCACAAUCACCAAGGUUAAAACUGUCAUUUCAUUACUAUCUCUAUUUUCACCCCUUCUCAAGCGAAUUAUCUCCCCCACUCUAAAAAGUCCAACAAUCGACGCAACUCUUUAUCCGGUUUAGUUAGCAUCAUCAUCUACCAAAAACUGCUGCCACAGCCACCGCCAUGGCCACUUCCUCUCGACCACCGCCACCAAGACUACUCGACCUUGACCUCACGAUCGUGUCAGCCAAGCAUCUAAAAAACGUCAAUUGGCGAAACGGCGAUCUCAAACCCUACGCUGUCUUUUGGGUCGAUCCAGACCGACGUCUCUCAACUCGCUCAGACGAUUCCGGUUCAACAAGACCGGUCUGGAACGAGCGUUUCACCCUUCACCUCCCCGCCCCUCUCCACGACGCCGUUUUAACCCUCGAGAUCUUCCACUCCAAACCCUCGGAAACUCCGAAGCCUUUAGUGGCAACCCUCCGGGUUGAACUUAAAGAAUUACCCGACCCGGAUGAUAGUUCCAAGAUCCGAACUUUUUCUCUCCUCCGAGCCUCCGGUCGUCCCCAAGGUAAGAUUCGCGUGAAGCUAGGAAUCCGCGAACGUCCCCUUCCUCCACCUCAUGAUUACCAUUUUGCCCCUCCUCCUAGCUAUUAUUACACAAAUACCCCUCCUCCACCGAGAUACUCUGUUUCGCCCUAUGUUUCUCUCCCUCCGCCACCUCCUCCACCCUCUGUCUCUCCUCCUCCACCAUCACCGUACUCCUCCAUCCCCGACGCUUACCCUCCCUAUUACUCUAGCCACUACUAUUCCUCUCCGCCACCGCCUAUGCCUCCACGUCCCUUCUUCGAACGCAGUUCCAGCUACGGCACCCCAUCGGCGCCAGUAGAUUACUCGCCAUACGAUCAGAAGCCUCGAGGAGGUCCCAAAUUGGGGCUGGGGACCGGAUUAGCUGUUGGAGCCGUCGCGGGGGCUUUGGGUGGACUGGCCUUAGAAGAAGGAUUGAAGUACGAAGAAGAAAAGAUUGGUGAAAGGGUAGAGCAUGACGUGGCAUCAAGGGAAAGGGACGAUUAUAGUGAUUAUCAUCGUCCCGAUUAUUGAUUGGUGUUUUAAUGCAUCGAUGAUGGUCAUCAUGGGGUAUAUUAUAAAUAUUUAUGUAAAUAAUUUGUGAUCUGAUAAUCGGUUUGUGUUUUUAAUGGUUGCGGAUUAAAAUGAUCAGAGAAAGAGUGAGCUUCAGAAUGACUCUUUUGAUGUUCAUUACUAUGUGCUACGAGAAUAAAUUGUUAAUGUUUAAUUUGAAGUUUAACUUUUGUUGUUA